GAGAACGAGAGAACAAGAGAGAGGAAGAUAGUAGCUCGCGACCUGCUCUCGAAUCGGCUUCCAGGGCGCGCGACAGGGCUCGCAGCUUCCACCUCUGUCUCUCCCUCGGCUUCUGGACCCCGUGCCUCAUCUCUCAUCCCGAUCCAUGUUUGCUCACCCGUGUCGCCACUCUCUCCGUUCAGUCGCACCCUCGCCUCGCGCACGGCGCGUACUCCACACGCCUUCACACACGUCGACACGCGCCGGAAACGUUGCCGGCAAAGGGACGUACGCUCGCACCACCGACAACAGCAAGCGAGGAGGAAGCUUCCGCAAAGUGAUAAAAAUAAGAAGAUCUUGAAAGAUAUCAAGGAUGAGGCUUCUCGUAAUCGCCCUGGGUUUCCUCCUUCAGGCGUGGAUCGUAUCCUGUGGGACGAGACCCAGCUUCGUUUCCGAUCAGAUGAUCGCGACGGCAGCCAGUGUCGUGAACGCCUGCCAAACGCAAACGGGGGUCGCGACAGCCGACAUAGAAGCGGUAAGAAACGGUCAAUGGCCGGAAACACGGCAAUUGAAAUGUUACAUGUAUUGCCUCUGGGAACAAUUCGGUCUGGUCGAUGACAAGAGAGAGCUAAGUCUGAAUGGAAUGCUGACGUUCUUCCAAAGAAUACCCGCUUAUAGAGCUGAGGUUGAAAAAGCGAUCAGCGAGUGCAAGGGGAUUGCAAAGGGUGAUAAUUGCGAGUAUGCCUAUACGUUCAACAAGUGUUACGCGGAGCUGUCACCGAGGACUUACUAUCUGUUCUAACGGGUCGAGGGAAGACGAUGAUAAGAAGAACCAAGAACAAAAUGCUCAAGGUAUAGUUUCGCCGAAUGCGUCGAGAUGUUUUUACGUUUAAACCACUCUAUCAUAUAACUGCUGUACAUGUCGCAUUGCGUUAAAAUGUAUACGUUGUGUGGAUGAAAUAAAGAAUUCAACGAUCUAAUCGACAUA